UAUAAGGACUGACUCAGUUUUAGUAGCUAUUCAAUUCUUAAGUAUUUAAAAAUGCAGCCUGAGCAUUCAACAUACAAUUUGGAUCACGUUUAGCUAUUUUUUAGUAUUACGUUUAAUAAUAAUAAUAAUAAAAGUUAUACGCAUGAAAAUAUAUACGCAAUGAAAGAUAAAUGACGCCUAAGUAAAGGAGAAAUAGUGCCUGAGUAAAAUGGCUAACGUUGCCUGCCUCUUGCUUUUAAAUGCCUGUCAGAGGAGGUUCUCUGAUUGUAAGGAAUAAACACAGCGCAACCGUGGUCGAUCGUUAGAUGCGUCGACAUAAGAAAAUUGAGCGUUUAUCAGCUGUUCACAUCUCUAGGGCAGUUAUAGUCCAAACAGAUUUCGCGCAUUAAUCCACGUUGUAAUUUUGGAGAAAAUACAACCACGUGUCCACCGCCAGCCAAUGGCAGCCAGGAGCCCCGAGAGAAAUAAUUACCUGACUUGAUUGUACUACGAGCACAUCAAAAGUACACAUCUGCACUCCAUAAAAAUCUGAUCCAUGUUAAGGAGACCAGAGGAGUCGUCAUGUCGACCACGGGUCCUAUAAGCAAUUAUUAUGUGGAUUCUUUGAUAAAUCACGACCCCGAGGAGGUUCUCACGACGCGUUUUUCGGCGCAGGAGAUACUUCCAGCCGGCUCGCGUCCAUCGCCCCUUGUAGCCGAGUGCUCGGACUAUCCAUCCUGCAGCUUUGCGCCCAAAACUCCAGUCUUCACCUCUUCCUGGGGUCCGGUGCAUUCCCAGUCAUCAGUGGUGUACCAUCCCUAUGCCCACCAGCCUCGUUUAGGCACCGAACCGAGGUAUGUGCGAUCUUGGCUUGAACCAAUCUCAGGGGCAGUGUCUUUCCCAGGUUACCCGAACAACAGCAGACAUUAUGGGCUGAAAUCGGAUGGUUUUUCAGAGCUUAGACCUGGAGAGUGCAUUGCAACCAACGGACGCGGAUACUCAGACUAUUAUUACAGCCCAUCUGAGGAUCCGAGAGACAUAACGCUGCAGACCGCCUCAUCAGAAGAAUCUGAACCGCUAUUCUCGGAGAAGGUUAAGGAGGAUAAACCUGAAAUAGAUCCGAAUAACCCUGUGGCCAAUUGGAUACACGCGCGCUCCACAAGAAAGAAACGCUGCCCCUACACCAAAUACCAAACUCUAGAACUGGAAAAAGAGUUUUUAUUCAACAUGUACCUUACAAGGGACCGCCGUUAUGAAGUCGCACGUGUGUUAAAUUUAACUGAAAGACAAGUCAAAAUCUGGUUUCAAAAUCGACGUAUGAAAAUGAAGAAAAUGAAUAAAGAAAAGGCCGAAAACAACCAGUAAUAACGAGUAGCCAAUGCAUCCUGGUCGCAGAUGAUCUGGCUAUGGUGAAGUUUCAUCAGCAAUUGGACCGAACUGGAGCUUUCUGGAGCUCUGAAACUCUUACACAAAAAAGCCUUCUGUACCUAGGCUUAAGCUUCUGCAGUCCACCCUAACACUUUAGUUCAAUAUUUAACGCUCUUUACUCUAGUUUGUCAGUCUAAUAUCAAGUAUGUAAAUAACCUGGAUUAGCUUUUUUAAAUUUAUUUUUUUUAGUUGUACAGUUGAAAAAACAGACCAUCGACAAGUUUAAGAGUUUGUGGUAGAUGUUGGUUACAUGUAGUCUAAAAUAUGUAGCCUAUUUUUUAUGUGCUGAUGUAUCUUACAUGCUCUAUAUAUUGUUCAUAUUCAUAUUUUGUAUUUUGUAUGAAAUCUUUAAAAUAAGAAUGUGUAAAAAAAUCGAAUUUUGAAUGUUUAAUGUAAAUGCUAUAUUCACUAUGUGAAAAAGUGUGUAUUAGCAUUAGCCGUCAGAGAGAGCGGUGCUACAGAAUUUUCUCGGUUCCACUAAAGUGUUUUGAAAAAUAA